CUGCAGAGCCCGAGGCCGGGACGCCAUGGCCGGGGAGCCCGCCGCGGCCGGGGCCGGGGCGGGGGCCGGAGCCGUGACUGGGCCUGGGGCCGGGGCCGGCGCGGGGCCGGAGCUGGACCAGGAGAAGUACGACGCGGCCGAGAACGUCAAGAUCAUCUGCCUCGGGGACAGCGCCGUGGGCAAGUCCAAGCUCAUGGAAAGAUUCCUCAUGGAUGGAUUCCGGCCCCAGCAGCUGUCCACCUACGCCCUGACCCUCUACAAACACACGACCACAGUUGAUGGCAAAACUAUCCUUGUGGAUUUCUGGGACACGGCAGGCCAGGAGAGGUUUCAGAGCAUGCAUGCCUCCUACUACCACAAGGCACACGCCUGUAUCAUGGUGUUCGAUGUGCAGAGAAAGGUCACCUACAAGAACUUGAGCACCUGGUACUCCGAGCUUCGAGAGUUCCGCCCUGAGAUUCCUUGCGUCGUGGUAGCCAAUAAGAUCGAUGCCGACGCCAACGUGACCCAGAAAAGCUUCAACUUCGCCAGGAGGUUUUCGCUGCCCCUGUACUUUGUAUCCGCCGCAGAUGGCACCAAUGUGGUCAAGCUCUUCAACGAUGCUAUCCGUUUGGCGGUUUCUUAUAAACAGAAUUCCCGAGACUUCAUGGACGAGGUUUUAGAAGAGCUGGAGCUUUUCUCACAGAACUUUGAGCUGGAGAAGAAGGUGGGAUCCAAGCCGGACUGGGGACAGAGUGAAGCGGUUGGGAAUCAUCCAUCUCCCUGAGUCACCGUCUGCCCUCUCCUCUCCUCCCAAGCCCAACACCCCAUGGAGAGUGGACUUCUCCCAGGCAGCCCGAGCCCGCCACCCCGACCUUGCUGCGCCCCCUAUGCAACUCCCUCCUGCUCCUCUCUACCCCGCACUCGUACCCAGCUUUCUCAGCAUCCCUCCGUGGCAGGAGCUGCACAGAAACCCCAACCCAAGGGGUGGGGGAGGGUCAAUAAUAGGACCCAUCCUGGAGACAAAGACGUGGAGAGUGUCCCCAUCACCCCGCACCCAGCCGAGGCAGGGAUAGGAGUCAGUGCGGCACAUCAACACCCCCAGGACAAGAAGUGAGGGGUCUACCACCCUGACUUCAUUUGGAGUGGGCCGACAAGGGCAGUGAGGUGAAAUUCUAUGUAUCUACCCAAGGAACAGAUAAUUAAAUAUUUUUUUCA